AUGGCAACUUUAUGUGAAGAUUCCAUUUUGGACAGUGAUUAUGACUUCAAUGGUAAGAACAUUAUGUUCAUCAGAAGACAGUUCAAAAAUGAAGCAUGGAAAUUAGAUCUCCCAGAGCAACACUCACCAAAUGGAGAGACCAAAAUUAUCAUAAAGAAUCCAACUCAGUCAAAGUUCUUGGCCUGUGUCCGAUUCCAAGGAAACACCAACGCCCAGACCAGUGUCAAAUCCUACGUCGACGAUGUCAACUCUCUGGAGACCCUUUGCAAUCAUAACGGUCACGAGCUAUUGCCAAUCGCCUUGGAAUUGAACGAAGUCUCCCAAGAUUCACGUAUGGUUAUCGAAUUUAAAUUCUCCAGUAAAAACAAAUCCGGUCUCAACAAUGGAAGUAUCACUGGUUUCAUCAUGCCACUCAACAGAUAA